AACUGUAUAUGUAAUUAAUGGGAAACUCCUUAUUUUAUUUUAUUACAAAGAUUUAUUUUAGAAGGAUCAAAACUCCUUCCAUUAUAAGAAACUAUUAUGGCAAAAUACAGACUUAAUCAAUUAUGUAGAUAAGUAAUUAGUUGAAAUUAUAGUCAUUAUAGUAAAUCAUUUAUCUACAGUAAUGAAUUUUAUAUAAAUAGUUAUAAUUUUUAAUGAUUUUUCUGCUUUCAAGAUGAUUAUAAACAAAUUUGAUAUCCUAUAAAUAUUAAUAAUACUGGUAAUAUUUGUUUGCUUUAUAUAGUCAUGAAUAUAAGUUAUCAUUAUAGGUAUUUAUUUAUUACGUACAAAUUUUUGUAGGAAAUUUCAAGUAACAAAUUUGAAGAAUCUUCAAGUGAAGAAAAUUCUUCAAAGUUUCCUGAUCUUAAGAUAUCUACAACUCAAAGCCAUCCUUCUUUAUACCUUGCAAAAUGUGUUUCAGAUAAUGCAAAUAAAGAUUUAAAUAAAUCAGUAGAAAAUUUUGAAAAUAAUUCAAUUGUAAAUGAUUUGAGAUCUGAGACUAAUCAAGCCAAAGAAAGUAUUUGUAAUGGUAAACAAAAUCAUGAUUCAUAUAUAAUGGAAAGUGAAUGCACUCUCAGUCAAAAUGAGGAAACUGUUUGCAAUAAUAAUGUUGAAGAUAAUUUGAAUAUUUUGGAAGAUGAUAGUGCACAUAAUAAUGCUGAAGUAAUUAUUAAUUAUAAGCAGAAUAUAGAAGAUACUACUGCAGAAUUUGGGGCAAACAAUUUUCAAUUUACAAAUAAUGGACUCAAAAAUAUAUCAAUUGAUGAAAACAGUAAAGCUCCACAAAUAAUGGUAUAUAAUCUAAAUGACAAAGAAACAAAUUCUUCUUUAACUGUUGAAAACUUUGAGCCUUUACUUCAAGAUAGUGAAGCUCUUCCAGUAACAGAAUUGCAAAAUAAUGAAAUAUUAGAGACAUUGUCUGAUAACGAAAACUACAUUUCACCUAACUGCAGUCCAUCGGCACCAUUAUAUUUCAUUGCAUCGCCUGAAAGUAAAGUCAAUGGAGACAUUUCAAAAUCAUUAAAUAUGCCGGAUUCGCAAAAUAAUGUGUCCGAAGAGCCUCUUACAAGGAAUGAAUUUUUGUCUUCAGUACAGAAUGACAUUUUGCAUUUGUUAGAUCCUAAUGAAGUAAAUUCUGUUCCAUUAACUAAUAAAGUGCAACCUCCUGUAACAACUCAAUUUUAUUUAUAUCCUGCAGAUCCUCAGUUUAGUCUUUGUAAUAACAGAAUGAUAAACUGUACAAAUAAUUCACCAAAUUUUAGAUAUAAUUCACAAGUUCCUAUAGAAAGUCCUCAGCAAUUUGUCUUUACGCAACUUCCACAUGCUACUUUUCAUGGCCCUCAAGUUAUUACAACUCAUUCUCUUAUAUCAAGAAAUGAAAAUUUGCCAUUGAUGACAUCUCAAGGACAGUUCAUUUCUUCUCAACCGAAUGCGCAAAUAACAUCUAUGUUUCCUUUUCCAAUAUCAUCAUAUAAUCAGAAUAAUGAUCAGGUUUUAAGGCACAAAUCUCCCCAGUUUUAUGCAGAUACUUUUGUCAACAACAGAACAACGAUCAACAAGAAUACAAGUUAUUCUGUUCCAAAUUUAUGUCCACAGAAUAAGCCAGCAUUGUCCAAUAGAUAUUUUGUACAUGAUAAUAAAUCUGGAUCUCCUCAACAAGGAUCAAUUUUUAAUGAAGUUCAUUAUAUGAAUUCUGACAAUAGACCUUAUGAAAACAUUUCUACUCCAUUACGAAAGCAACAUGUAAACAUUUUAUCAGAUCCUCACAAAGAAUAUAAUGUGUAUCCUAUUGAAUCAGUGAAACAUGCUACACUUAGUUCUGCUACUGAUCCAAAAUGUCAAGAAAAUCCAAAAGAUUCAGUUCAAACAACAAAUAAUACCACAUCCAAUUCAAAUAUUUGCUUAGUUAAUUCGGAACAGUUCCAGCAAAUAUCACCAUCUUUAAAUGACUUUCCUUUUCAAAAAUCCUCAGAAGUAAUUAAUUCGAUGCUGACUUCAUUCCAGCCAUCGUCGAGUUUAGAACCUAAAGUGUAUCCAGAUAAAGCAAAUGUUAUUAUUCCUUUAUCCAUCCCGAAUGGUCAGACAGAAUUACAUUACAAUUUGGCAAGUGUUCUUGGAAAUCAUUCUCAAUAUGUUUAUUAUGUGCCUGACAUAUUGCAAAGUGUACAAAAGAAUCAUUCUCAUCCAGAUUCCAUUUAUUCUUCUAGUGAAACAUCUCCACCAAUCAAAGAGCAUACAAUGACAUUCCUUACUCCAUCUCUCCUUAACCAGUCUUCUAGAAUGGAUCCAAAUACUGUUGCUCCAGUUUCCUCUUCAAAUAAUAAACAAAUAGGUAAUCAAUAAGUUACAGUUCAUGUAUUAAUGAAUUUAAUUAAACAAACAUCAUUACUUUUUAAAAAGAAGUAGAUGUAACAGUAUGUUAUUUAAUUUUUUGUGUUAAUUGUCACCCUAAGAGCCUUUAAAAAAGACUGUUUUAGAUGCUUGCAACACACUUCAUUCAAGUUAACUUGUUUAAUGAAUCGGUGAACAUAAAAAAUUUAUGUAAAAUUGUAGUUUUGUCGGCAAAUAAUUAAAAUUUGUAUAAAACAUUGUCACUUCUUCAAUUAUUUGUGAAAAAAACAGAUGAGAACGACGAACAUCCGGCCAUUAACUCCACAAUAAAGUGUAUGUAAUAUACAGCAGUUCAGUUGUAUGAAAAACAUGAAGAUCUUCAAAUUUUCUCAAGCUGGACAUGGCACAAUUUUUUGGAAGGAGCGUAUGUUUUGUCGAAAAAUUUUCAAGAAAAUUUCUGACAGAAUCUCUUCAGUAUCGAGCAAUUUAACCGGACUAACGACAAUGGUAACAAGCUACAAAAUAAUCAUCAGCUCAGACACCAAAGUUGGUUAUUGUAAUUUGUAAUAUCGAUUGAAGAAACCGGUAAAUAAUAAUGAUAUACAAGAUGUAAAUCCACGAAAUUUUGCGAAUAAAAAAAAAAUAUUUGAAAUAUUACAAAAGUGUAAUUAUUCUUUAAAAAAAUGCAAAAACAAUA